GCUGCUCUAUCAAGAAACAAGAAUUACAUAUAUAAUUGCUUGAAUAAUUCGAAAUAAUUGUAAACAAACAGCUACCUUUUGACUGCUGAGUAUAUUUAAGAUAUACAAUGAGCUCGUCCUGCGGAGGUCCCGAUCGGACGGACGAGUUGUCCAUGAACUCGUCGCACUUUAACACAGUGUGCCGCGACUUUCUGCGCAACACCUGCCGUAGAGGCAAACGCUGCAAGUUUCAGCACACCAUUCCGUGCGAAGAGACCAACAACAACAACAACUCUCAGGUCCUCUUCUGCCACGACUUCCAAAACAAGGGCUGCCCGAGAGCCAACUGUCGUUUUGUCCACUGCAGCCGAGAUGAAGAGGAGGCUUUCAAAGAGACCGGCCGCCUACCUUUAAACGCCACCGUCUCUGCACACAUCCAGGGUCUUAUGCCCCUGGACAUGCUCCAAGGUGAGCCUCCUGUGUGCACCGAGUACCUCCGAGGCAACUGUCGCAGAAACCGAGACUGCAAGUACCGCCACUUGACCGCCGCCCAGGUCAUGCAGCUGUCCUUGGAGCGAUUAGAGCCUCCAGUUAAGAGGCAGCGUUAUUCUGAAGAGGUUGAGGCUCGGAUUUCCAACCUGCAAGACGAGAAUCUCGACCUGAAGCGGAUGCUGGACGAGUUGCAUAGACAGGUGGAGACCCUGGCCGCAACCAACGAAGUGCUUCUCGAGCAGAACGCCCGAUUGAGACUUAAACCCCAGACGGCUGCUGUUGUGUCAUUGCCUGCUGUCACCAUCACCAACACCACCGAUGGACCUCCUGUUACCAUUGCUACAGCAGUUGGACCUGGAUCUGUCACUCAGGUGUCUUUGGCAACUGCUGGAAUCUCAAUUGCUCCUCCAGUUGUGACGGUGGCGCAGGCCAUCUCUGCAAAUGGCACCACCCCAGCAUCACAGACCAUUCCCAUCACCAUCAGCAGCACAACGUCUUCUCUCGUACCAUACCCAAUCGUCACGCAUGUCCACAGACCAGGAGGCGCAGUGCACCACUCGACAGAGACAUGCAUUUCUUAUGGGGAAAAAGUGAUGCCAUGCUCUGCCCCCUGCAACUUAUGAGGCAUUCCAAAUUCUCUUGUAAUGGUUAAUUUAAAUCUUUAAUAUAUCUGCAGCAAUUAUUUUUAAGUGUGGGAGGGAAUUAGAUAAGAUUAUUAAAAGAGAAACUGUAUUAAUUGCAUAAAUUCUGUAAAAAAUUAUGCAAAUAAUUUUUCACAUCAUUAUACAAAGAGGUGUUUGUUCAACACAUUUAUUAUAAUCGCACUGAUCAAAUAAUGUCUCAGCGUUGUGCUUUUUCAUUUGAAAUGAACUGCAUUCAGGUCAUUCAUUAAUGUGUUUCAAUUUUAUUACUGAUGCAAAGCUUUGCAGCUUCUCAUUUAUGUAUGUAAUUGAAUUGUGGGUGUCAACUUUUAAUAACUUUUAAUAACUUAUGAUAUAUUAUGUUGUUUAUUGCAGUUUAUUGUAAAGAAAUAAAUUAUUACAAUUCGUUACUUGUGGUUA